UGCUCUGACUGGGAAAGCAGCUCAGUUUGGAUGGAAGCGUUAACAGGGGCUGAGAUGGUGAUCAGUGUUUCCAGUGCUUUUCUCUUGCUAUAAGAAAAUCGUGCCCAGCAGGCUUUGCAAAAUUUCCCGGAAGUCUGGACUGUGUGGCACUCCCUGCGUCUUUCUGUUAACUCUAUGUCCCAGUCAGCCCGGGGAGCGUCGCUUAGCAACGGGGCGGACGCUGCUUUUGCUGCUGCCGCCGCCGCCGCCUGAGCGAGACGAGCGAAUGUGCGGCUGAAGCUCUACUCCCGGUCCAGCCAUGUCGAAGUUAGGCAAAAAGAAGGAGCUGGUGAAGACCAACAAUGUUCUCCAGACAAGCACGCCCUCUAAAGACCCCUGGCAUAUAUCUGGAUCGGCCUCUGUUUUAAAUCCUCAAGCUGCUUCAAUUGAAGCAAGGAGGGGAAGAUUUCCUAUCUGGCCAGAAUGGAGUGAAGCAGACAUCAAUGUAGAAAAGUGGGAUGCAGGGAAAGGUGGAAAGGACAAAGAUAAAGCAGGAAGAAGUCCUAUCUUACAUUUCUUUGAAGAUCCAGAAGGAAAGAUUGAACUGCCACCUUCUUUAAAAGUGAGUUGCUGGAAAAGACCACAAGAAUUUUUAAUCAAUAAGGUGCUUGUGGUGGUAAAAAAUGAAACUUGGUUUGAUAUACUUUCAGCCAAUGAACACUUAAUGGGCAGUGAGCUAAUGAGAUGGAUAAUAACUGAAAUCUGUGCAGCCUGGAAAAUAUAUAAUGCAGCCAUUUUAAGCGGUGAUGGUAAAACAAAUACAGGUGAAACACCUACACUUUUGUGGAAGCCAUGGGAACAUAUAUAUUCAUUAUGCAAGGCUAUCAAGGGACAUAUGCCAUUGUACAAUAGCUACGGAAAAUAUGUAGUAAAACUCUAUUGGAUGGGGAGCUGGCGAAAGAUCAUUGUGGAUGACAGUAUACCUUUCAGUGAAGACAAUCACAUGCUGCUUCCAGCUACAACCUGUGAAAUUGAACUCUGGCCACUGAUAUUAUCCAAAGCCAUCAUUAAACUGGCAAACAAUGAUAUAAAUGAAGUUGGAAAAAGAGAACUGGGGGAAUUCACUGUUCUACAUGCACUUACUGGAUGGAUACCAGAAAUUAUUCCUCUUCAGUUUGGAUAUUUGGAUAAGGUUUGGGAAUUCUUAAAAGAUAUAGUGCCAGAAUUUAAGCUACCAGAAGAAGCACUUCCUGAGGCUCAAGUGUCAGUUCCAGAUACAAAAAAAGAAAUAAAAGAGAUUAAAAAUGAUUCCCUGCCUACCAUUAAGCAACCAGAGAAGCCAGAGAAAGCAGAAAAAAUUGAGAAAACUGGCAAAGAAAAGCCAGAUCAGAAAGAAGUUGGAAAGAAGAAAAGCAAAGAUGGUGAAAAGGAUAAAACUAAGUCAGGGCCUCAUUCUGCACGACUGUCUUCUGAUUUUCAGAAUUCUCUUCAGAUGUUUCUUGAUGGUUCAGUGCUACUGCAGCCACAGAUGGUGGUAUAUGCUUGCUAUGCGCCUCUUUAUAUAUCUGAAAAAAAGUUCUUUGUAUUAGGGACAAUGGCUGAUUCUUCUGAGAUGUUACGGCAAUAUGGUCUUUCCCACAUAUAUAGCCAUCCCAUAUUGCUGACCAGAACAAGAUCUAGUCCUUUGAUAGCCCCACCCAAACCACCACCAGUACCUCCUUGGAAACUUAUCCGCCAGAAAAAGGAAACUAUUGUAACAGAUGAACCCCAAGAACCUGUGUUUAAAAAGCCAGAUCAGUUUAUUGAAAUUGCUAGCCCUUUUCUGAACUUUCGACUUUCUCCAAUAUCUAUCCCAAGAGAUACCCAUUUCCCACCAUCUACCUUCAAAAAGGGGUCGCUUCCAGUAUCCAGCCUACCUUCUGUCACUGAAACUGAUGAAAACAUAAUUGAAAUUUCUUCAGAUGGGAAUCCCAUGAGUACAGAAGACAAUUCUCAGGAGUCUACUUUAAUUCAGCAACAUACUAUAGAAGGAUCCACUAAAGAUGAAUCAGCUGAAAAAAUAAGUAGCGAUGCUGUUCCAGGAGCAGAUUCAACAGAUCCUGCUUUAGCCAGCCAGUUAGCAAAUAAAUCUCUAGAGGAAAUUGAAUCAGAAAAGAGUCCCAUUUCCAAGGAAAUAUGGAUAGACUAUGAAGAUUUCUGCAUUUGUUUUCAGAACUUAUAUGUUUUCCACAAACCAAAUUCCUAUGGUUACAGCUAUCAGAAAUCUGAUUUUAGGAUGACAGAUGAUUGUGUCUUAUAUUAUUUAUGUGUGGACAGUUUGAAGCCUACUGAUAUCCUGGUUAGCUUUUCUGCAUUAGUACACUGGGGAGAUUCAGGAGCAGCUGCACAAAAAGAAGCUUUAUCCAAGGGCUUGCUCAUGGUUGAAAGUUAUUCAUGGAAGAAUCUUGCUCCAGGACGAUUAAUCCUAAAGAUCCAUACAUAUGCCACUAAAGCUGCUGUGAUAAGCCUUCCUACUGGGCGCCAUGUGUUACUUUUCACUGCGAGUUCUCCCAUAGGGCAUCAUAUCCAUCUGUGUAGUAUGGUGCCAUGUGUGUUUGGUGAAGAGGAUAUUGUUCUGCCAAAUCUUGAAAAGGAGAGUUACCGGUUUAUGGAACAAGCCACAAAUAUCAUGAAAGCCAUUGGAAAUGUGCUACUUAACUUUGGGAAUGCAUCAGAACUUCCUGAAGCCAUGAAGAGCCUGGAAUUAGCACACUGCCCUCCUGGCCUUUAUGGCACAGGAAUAGCUAGAGAACACUCCAAGGUUUUCAAUAAUGCUUUUUGGCAUUUGAUGAAACAAAUCUUAGGGGAUAUUCCUCCCAACUAUGAAUUUGCUUACAAAAGUUUCACUUCGGAUUUUAAACGCAGUGAUGUGUCUGUUGAAGAUACUGCAUCCUCAGAAAUUACAGAACUAAGUACUUCAAUUUGGCAAAACAAAGAUCCUACACCUGAAGAAGAGAAAGCUGCGCUCAAAAUUCAGGCUGCCUGGAGGGGUACUUACGUUAGGCUCCUAAUGAAUGGCAGAAGACCAGGUACUAAGGAGAAUACCAAGGUCAAAGAAACACUUCAGAAGUUGUGGGCUCUACUUGAGCCAAAUUUUGAACAAUAUUCUUUGAUGUUUUUGAGAGAUAUAUUUAAAAGUAAUUGCAAGUCUGUUGAAAAAUAUCCUUGUUAUGAAGAUGAAUGGACUAAGACAUCUUUUGCUGAUUAUACUGUAAUGUAUGCAGACCAGCCACCAAAUUUUUGGUUUGUCAUUUUCAGGGAAGUAUUUUAUAUGCCAGAAGAUAUGUUCAUAGUGCCAAAGGUGUAUACAGCCAUACCUACCUGCCAGCUACAUGUAGUAGACAAUGACACACUGGAGGAAAUGCCUCGUGUCUUUCUCAGAGUGACACCGCAUCUUUAUACAAAGAAUAAGAAAGGAUAUACUUUUGUGGCUGAAGUUCAGACUAAUGAAUCGCCUGUGAUGGCUGGGAAAUGGAAACUUCGGCUGAUUGGUCCUUACAGUCCCCUCCCAGUUCUCUCUCGUGAUGCUGUAAACAAUGUAUAUUCCAUUAAAGAAGUUAAAGAUUAUUAUGUACCAAAUGACAAGCAUAUUAUAUUCAGAUAUGCAGUUAAAGUUUCAACACCACUUAUAGCUACCGUGCAAGUACAGACUUCUAAGUUAGAUACUAUCAUUAAACUGCAAGUUCUGGAUUCUGAGGAAGAAAUGGUGAGCACUGUUGGGAAGGGCCAUGCUAUCAUUCCUGCAUUUCAUUUCAUAUCUGCUGAGAGGCCUCUAAGUAGUCAGUCAAGUAAAGGUCAGUUUUCUCAAGGCAGUCCCAAAAAGGAGCCUGAACUCAUAGUCCCUAAGAAAAAAGGUAAUGUUGCAGCUCAGAAGAAUGUCAAAUCUUCAGCUAAAACUUCCCAGGAAAGUUCAACUUCAGCAGAAGAAGAAACUCUCAUGGUACCUGUCAUUGAAGAUAAUACACCUCAGCAGCCACACAAGUAUAUUAUACAAGCCUUAGUGUUGCAUAACAGUUGGCCACUUACUGAGAGCCAAUUGACAUUUGUUCAGGCACUAAGAGAAUUAGAAAAAAAUGAAAUUAAAGCACAUGCUACUGAGAAACAUGAAGAGAUUAUACCCAUUCUAAGCCCAGAUGUUCACAGUGCCUUAGAAGGACAAAAAUCUGCAGGUUCUUCCAAGACAACUCGGAAAACAAAAGAAAAGACAGCCGACAAAGCAGAAAAGUCUGCUAAAGAAAAACCUCCAACUACAUCUAGACCAGAAUCACAGCAAUCUGAUCCAAACAAACCCUUCUGGAUCUUGCGCCUUGUCAUUGAACAAAAUGAGGCAGAAGCACUGGAUUUUAGGAAAGACACUGAGAGAGCAGAUGAAAUCAAAGCUAUGAAGCAAGCAUGGGAGGCUGCAGAGCCAGGGAGAGCUGUCAAGGCUUUUCAAGAGCGUGUGCAGUUUGUUAAUAAGUAUGCGCGGAAAGGAUUGGUUGAAUCUGAGGCAGAAGGUUUUGGCAUCACGGUGGGUUCUGGAGAAGCAGAGACUGCUUCUCCUACUUCUGAACCAAUGGUGUUGUCUCCAGCAACUGCCGAAACAAGCUCAGGAACUCAGCGGAAGGAAUGGGAGCUUCCGGACUUCACCCCUUACAUUCGAAAAACGCUGCCGGAGCCUGUGCUGAAGAAUGAGUCUAUUAUUCAAGAGCAAGAGAUGCAUAAAGCAGAAGAAAUCAACCACUUUAGACAAUUUCGAGACCUGGUACUAGAAUACAGACAGGAAGAACUUACGGCUAGAAAUCAGCUGAAGCAAAAUGUAUUAGAUAUGUAUGAAGAUCUGCAAGCAACCUUAGAUGGAGCACGAAGCAGGGUUCUCAAUGUCCGUGAAGCAUACAGAGCUAAGCUACUAGAAGCUGAGCGUUUAAGACAAGAAGAACUAGCAGCUGAAGAAGCUGCCCUUCGAGCAGAACAAGAGAAGAAAUCCCCAGAUGUACAGAAAAAAAGGGGUGCAGGGAAAAAAGGUGCAGGGAAGAAAAAAUAAUCUUGCCUGAAACAGCAACUGUAAAAGCUUCUUCACGAGAAAGAGUGUCUAUUUUUCAUUAUAAAAAUACAUUUUACAGUAUCCAUAUCAGCAGCACAGGACAAUGCAAUUCUGACUCUUCUUAAAGUGUUACUUUGAAGCCCAUUUUAAUUUUGCAUCAUUUUUUACAUGAUUAGUUCAAAAAUUGUAUGGAAAACCUCACCAUGAUCAUUUUUGCAUUAUAUUUUUUAUGUUUAAAUAGCAAUAAAUGUUUGCAACAAAA